AUGUCCACCGCCGUCGUCGUGCACAAGAGAAGACGAGAAAGGCGACAAUGUGCCCGCUACCCCGUGCGCUCCGUCUCUGAAACGGCGAAGAGUCUGCUCCCGCAGCUCAAGGACCUGGACUCGACGACGAUCGCCGUGCUCUCGGCCCUUGGAGGUACAGCACUGACACUCGGCGCGCUCACCCUCGGCAAGCGCUGGAAGCGGAUACGCAACGCUGACGGUGUACCACCGCGUCUGCUCGACAACCAGGGCUCCAUCGUCGGAGUCGUCACUCGGCUGUACCAUACCCCUGGACCGUUCUGGCGUGGACCACUAAAGCUGCGCAAAGUCCCAACAGCGCCGAAGGACCUGAAGAACGAAACGCUGUCGGUCCGCAUUGCUGGCGUGGACGCCCCGGAGCUGGCACAUUUCGGAAACCCAGCUCAGCCCCAUGGCAAGGAGAGUCUCGAGUGGCUCACGAAGACUGUUCUCGGCAAGAGGCUGCGGGUACAGGUCCUUCGGAGGGAUCAGUACGGACGUAUCGUCGGCAUUCCUUAUAUCACGCGCUGGAUUCUACCCGAUAAACCUCUUCCUCUCAUGAUGCUGAAGGAGGGUCAGGCUGUCGUGUACGAGGCCGGUGGCGCCGAGUACGGUAAAUGGGGCUUGGAGAAGAUGAAGCAGAUCGAGGACGAAGCUCGACGCGGUCUCUGGGGGGCUAAGAGGAUCGAGCUUCCUGGUGACUACAAGAAACGCUAUGCGACGACCAUCGCCAGUGUGCGCGGCAAACCGACCGACGAGAUUCUUGAGGAACUGGAGAACUCCGGAGAUGCUGCUAUCCGGGCCCAGAUCGACUUCGCUCGAGAACACGAACGACGAACGACACCCAGCACCGCUGCGAGCACACUGACGCGGGGUGAACGGGCCGAGUCGCGUGCUGAGACUCGAUCCGACAGCCGUGCUGAGAGUAGGACGGAAAGCCGAGCGACCGAUCGUGAUCGUGAACGUGUGCGCCGAGAACGAGAGCGCGAAAGCCGACCGAGCUCAAGCGGUAGCUACCGCGAUCGCGAACGUGACCGCGAGAGAGAGAGGGAGAGGGAACGGGAGCGAGAUCGCGGAGAACGACCACGGAGCGACUCCCUAAGACAUCGUGAACGUGAGCGCGAACCGCAAACACGUGUGACCGUUGAGGUUGAGGUGGACGGACAUGCCGUUGCUGGAACCUCAGCAACAACGUCAAGACCUCCCCCGCCGGCAAGGCAGCUCGAGGGCGUUCCCCUGGCGGUGCAGGAAGCGUGGAUCUGCGAGGAUCUCAUGUUCGUCUUACAGGGCGUCGAAGGAGAACUUAUCCGUUAUGCUGAGGGGUAUGACCCGAUGGACGUUGAGCAGCGCCUUCAGGGCGCCCGAUGGCAGGUCGAUCCUACACUCGACCCAUCGCUGCUCUCGCUCGUGAACCGUCUCCUGCCGAUAGCUACGUUCUUCACGUCCGUGGAGGCGUCGAUCGAACUCCGUAACUCACCAGAGUAUGGCAUGGUUGGCCAUGCGCUCUCGGCGGGCAUCCGCGGUAUGCUGAAGGAGUAUCGUGUGCUCACGGCGCAACUCGAGUCGUUAUUCCUGACGAGUCCGACAUUCACGCUGCAAACGCUCUACUUCCACUUGCACCCGACGCUGCACACGAUGUCGCUGCUCAGCAGCCUCUGUACGGCGCUCGAGACAGACGAGAAGCCGAACGACGACGACGCAUCAGACGAUGAUGAUGAUGGGCUCGGCGGCAUGGCCGAGGAGCUCGGACUCGGAGGCGCCCUCGGACUCAUGCGCAACUUAAAGGCGCAGGAGGGUCUGAUCAACGGAGGCGGAUUGGUCGUAGGGGGCGAGGUGCUUGGCAUCAUCUGCGAGCGAGAAGCGACCAUGAGCGGGUGA